AUGGAAAAUGAUGCUAAUGAUCGAGGUAAAAGCUAUUCAGAUGCCAUAUCCGUUGCAUCUGUGUAUCCUUCAUUAACAUCAGCAUCAGCAGGUGUUUCACAACCGGCUCCAAACUCUAGUACAACUGUGUCACCAAUUUCAUCACCAAAAGAACAAAAAACAACAUCUGACGAAACGCCAGAUAUCUAUGCUACCGGAUUGGAGGACGGGACAUACGGAGUUGUUAAUUAUAUGAUCUGGUCUCAAAUUAAUAUCCUCUUCGGUGUGCUUAUUUUGGGUAUCAUUGCUAUAUUAAUGUCGAAAUAUACAACAAAACUUGCAAAAGAUGUGUUUUGGUGUGUGGAAAUGACAAGCCCUCUGCGAUCGAAAACCCUAAAGAAAAAAGCGAUUCGACGAGUAUCGAAGAGUCCUCAGCGUAAAUAUUCUUCUCCAGAACGUGUUCGAACAUUAAUCGAAGUAGAUUUUCAAGAAUCUGCUUAUUCCGAUCCAGCGGAUUCUUCCCGAUCGUCGCUGCCAAAUGUACUAUUCGAACGACGUGAUCAAGAUACUUUGUCCGAACAAGCGACUAAAUUAUUCAAUUCUACGAUUGUGUUCGAUGAAGCUGAACGUGCAUGGUUGCUUGAGAAUAUGCGUAGUACAACAAUUUCAAUCAAAGUUGAUCAUUUUCUAUUUUCUAUCAAUAGCAAUUACGCACUAAAAGAAAAUCAACAAACUGUUCUGUUUCUCCAUGGCUUCGGUGCGGGUCGAAAUUGGGCAAAUUGGUUGAAGUUAGCUUAUCCACUGAGUCAACGAGGUCGAUAUUCAACGAUUUUCGUUGAUUUACCCGGCUUUGGUCAAUCAAGUGGCCGAAGUUUAGAUCAAGCAAGUUGGAAACGUUACGGUCCGGAAAUCCUCGUCGCUAUUGUCUCGAGUUUUCAUCUGCACCAUUCGGUUUAUGUUGUUGCUCAAUGCGGCAAGUAUAAAAAGUUGCUCUUCUACAUAUCAUCGAAUAGUUCUUUGUACACAGGUGGAGCAGCAACAACUGUACGUACAAUUAAUCGAUAUCCUCAAUGGUUUCGCAAUCGUAAUCUUAUCUUUUGUAAUUCGGUCAUUGGUGAUUUCGGCGAAGAGAAAGUUGGGGACUUCGAGAUAACUCUGACGCGGUUCAAUAUACAUAUCGUGGUUUUCUGGACUCCGGAUGAGGAUCAUACCAAAUACUGCGUAGCAUACAAACGUUGGAGUCGAUUACGAGCAUCGAAUUUUCGUAAUUUACAAUUGAUUGACCUCGAUCCGAAAACUCAAACAAUGAAACUUCACUAUCCUUUGGUAUCAGUUGCUCAAAUGAGCCGUUGUUCACUGAAAAACAAAGGUCUCGUCUAUAAACUCAGUGAUCAAUAUAUUCAGCAAGUUAUUGAUAUCCUCGAUCGAAAAUAA